AUGCGGCCUCUUCAACGCUGGCUGAAACCCCUGGUUCCAUCCCGAGCUUGGCGUCAUGGACGCCUUCGUAUCAAGGUGGAUCAAGCCUGCAUCGCAGCCCUUGCCCCUUGGAAGGACCCUUCAUGGUUCAAACAGGGUGUACCCCUGGGGAUGAUGCACAAAAGGAAGGUCAUCUUCACAGAUGCGUCAAACACGGGCUGGGGAGCCCUGUGCGACGGCAGACCAGCCUUUGGCGCGUGGUCGAGCGAAGAGACAAAGCUGCACAUCAACUGCCUGGAAAUGCUGGCAGUAUGGCAGGCCUUACAGUCCUUCCUACCACAUCUAGAAGGAUGCCAUGUCUUAGUCCGAUCGGACAACAUGACGGUAGUAUCCUACAUAAAUCGCCAUGGCGAUUUUUCCUCCCCACGCCUCUUCAGGAUGGCAAAGAGCCUACUGGAGUGGGCACAUUGCCACUUGCGCUCCCUAAAAGCAGCGCACAUACCCGGCAAACUGAACCAGGGAGCAGACAUGCUGUCUCGGAGCAACGUCCCCUCUGGCGAGUGGAUGCUUCACCCCCAGACGGUUCGGAGAAUAUGGGAGAUCUUUGGGAAGGCAGAGGUCGACCUCUUCGCCUCAGAAGACAACUCUCACUGCCCAAUUUUUUUCGAAGGAAAGGGAUGCGCUGCAUCUCCUCGCUCCACGCUAGCUUUGAUGUGUGACAGAACACCGGACCUUACUAAGAUGGCUGAAGCUGAGGAUCGGCUGUGGUGCCUGCGUCAGGGUGGCCGGCCUUUGGAGAGGUAUGUGGAGGAAUUUAUCGAGCUCUCUAACUGGAGGUAG